ACCUGUUCUAACACCAUGCCUUACAACUGCUGCCUGCCCAACAUUAGCUGCCGUACCAGCUGCUCCUCCAGGCCCUGCCUGCCUCCCAGCUGCCAUGGCUGCACCCUCCCAGGGGCCUGCAACAUCCCUGCCAAUGUGGGCACCUGUGGAUGGUUCUGUGAAGGCUCCUUCAAUGGCAAUGAGAAGGAGACCAUGCAGUUCCUGAACGACCGCCUGGCCAACUACCUGGAGAAGGUGCGGCAGCUGGAGAGGGAAAAUGCUGAGCUGGAGUGUAGGAUCCGGGAGUGGUGCCAAGAGCAGGUCCCCUACGUGUGUCCAGACUACCAGUCCUACUUCAGGACCAUUGAGGAGCUCCAGCAGAAGAUCCUGUGUACCAAGGCAGAGAAUGCCAGGCUAGUGGUACAGAUUGACAAUGCCAAGCUGGCUGCUGAUGACUUCAGGACCAAGUAUGAAACCGAGCUGUCUCUGCGCCAGUUAGUAGAAUCUGACAUCAAUAGUUUACGUAAGAUCCUAGAUGAACUGACCUUGUGCAAGGCUGACCUAGAGGCCCAGGUGGAGUCUCUGAAGGAAGAGCUAAUCUGUCUCAAGAGGAAUCAUGAGGAGGAAGUCAACACCCUGCGCUGCCAGAUUGGAGAUAGGCUCAAUGUGGAGGUGGAUGCUGCCCCCACUGUGGACCUCAAUAGGGUGCUGAAUGAGACCAGGUGUCAGUAUGAGACCCUGGUGGAGAACAACCGCAGGGAUGUGGAGGAAUGGUUCACCACUCAGACAGAGGAGCUGAACAAGCAGGUGGUGUCCAGCUCAGAACAGUUACAGAACUGCCAGGCAGAGAUCAUCGAGCUGAGACGCACCGUCAAUGCUCUGGAGAUUGAGCUGCAGGCCCAACACAACCUGAGAGAUUCCCUGGAAAAUACCCUGACAGAGACUGAGGCACGUUACAGUUCCCAGUUGUCCCAGGUACAAUGUAUGAUCACCAAUGUUGAAGACCAGCUGGCUGAGAUCCGAGGUGACCUAGAGAGGCAAAACCAGGAAUACCAAGUGCUUCUGGAUGUUCGGGCCCGGCUAGAGUGUGAAAUCUCCACAUAUCGGGGUUUGUUGGAGAGUGAAGAUUGCAAGCUUCCCUGCAAUCCCUGUGCUACAACCAACGCUUGCGGCAAACCCAUUGGCCCCUGCCCAAUCAGCAAUCCUUGUGUCCCAUGUGCCCCUUGUGUCCCCUGCACACCCUGUGUCCCUCGUUCACGCUGUGGCCCCUGCAACUUUGUGCGCUAA